GUCGCGGGCGCCGGCCGCUGCCUCGCCGCCGCCGCCGCUAUGCUGGGUGUCGGGGAGCCUGCGAAGGGGGAAGCAAACAUGAGGUCGGUGUCAGAAGAGCCAGUCCCAUUACAUGAAGAAUUUAUCUACUGUUGUGGAGCUGCUACCCAUGUCUUGAAGUGUGGGCCCUGGAAAGACCUCUCAAAAGAUGAAAGUAAAAAUCUACCCAGGCUCUUAUUCAUGAUUAUUCCUGGCCAACAUCAAUCCAUAGACACAGAUAUUAAGGAGCUAGAGGAUGUUUUUGGACUUAACGGACAAGUAGAGCAUAAGCUGAACUUCCUCAAAAAGAAUGUAUCAAAAGACAUAAAGCUGGUACUGAUUGCUCAUUCUAUUGGUUGCUACAUCACACUGGAGAUGAUGAAGCGAGCAUCAGAACUUCAGGUUCUUCGCUCUGUGCUGCUGUUUCCGACGAUAGAGCGUAUGGCUCAGUCCCCUCAAGGAAAGCUGAUGACCCCUUUGCUGUGCAAACUUCGUUACGUUCUGUACAUGCCCGUCUACCUGCUGUCCUUCCUACCGGAGGGAGUCAAAGCCUCCCUGGUGCGGUUUGCCCUGCGAGGAAUGAAGACCUGUGAUGAAUCUUCCAUAACAACCUCCGUAAAUCUUUUCAGCGUGGACUGCAUUGCCAACAUCUUGUAUAUGGCAAGCCAAGAAAUGAUGAAGGUUGUGGAGAGAGACAGUACAACUAUAAAGCAAAAUUUAAAGAAGCUGAUUUUUUACUAUGGAACUGGAGACAGCUGGUGUCCACAGCACUACUACGAUGAGAUCAAAAUGGAUUUUCCAGACGGGGACAUUCGACUUUGUGAGAAGGGGCUCCGCCAUGCCUUUGUGCUAGAUGCCAGCAAGGAGAUGGCUGCCAUGAUUACAGACUGGUUACAGGAUGAUCUGACCAAAUUAUAAACACGGAUUCAGUGAUUAACAAGAAAACGAUGUAAUUAUUUUGUGAACGUGUAAUUUUUUGUGAGAGAGUCUGUCCUAUUUUUUUCUGUUUAUUAUAGAUUAUGGCUUGUUUUCUAUUGAGAUGUUUUAGAGAAAGUUAAAGAGAGACUGGCUGGUCCAAAGUAUAGUUUUAUUGAUUCAGUGGUGAUGUACCUUCAUCCUGUGUCUUCAGGACUCUGCAGGACUUGGCAAAGGGUGGAAUAUUUAUUGACUGCUAGCACUCUAGACAACACUGAUACUAGAUUCACUGGCUACAAGUGUACCCGAAUUACUACCACCCCACUCACCUGCUGGAGGACUGUCAGGGAUGGGUUUGGGGCAGCCCAGCUGGCCUGCUUUAGAAAGAAAUACCAGGCUACUCUGUAUGGAUAAAAAUCCCCCUGUGGAUGGAUCCUGGCAAUGGAUCCUGGUAUGCUGUGAAAGACCUGGCCCUCUCCAUGUGUCUCAUCCGUCCAUGUAACCCAGGUGCAUGACAGCCAGAAUAGCCCAAGGGCCCAGGACAACCCUGACGUUGUCUCCUCCAGGUCAGAUGGGGUUGGUCGUCAAUCAGAGGUCAGGCUGAGUUCAGGAUGAGUACAAGGGAGAUGCGUAGAUGAGGUGUGCAGUUUCUCCAAGUCUCAGAAGGGGUUUAGGGUGCUGCCAGGACUCCACAGAGUAUUAAAAAUACCAUAAGGUAACUGUGGCUGCUCAGCGAGGGAGUACAUGUGGAGCUCUUGUCUGGCACAUGGCCAAGUGUUUCAUUUUUCGAUUGACUGUAGAGAAGGUAAACAUUGCUGUUCAAAAGUGCCAAUAUUAAAAGGUUAAAAUGGAUUGCAGAAUCCAUACAUAACUACUUAUAGGUGGCCUAGUUCUGCUAAUGAAGUCCGUGAGAACAGUGCUUGCUCAGCAACUUUAAAGAAUUAAACCAGUUUUGAUGCAUGCCUCAAUUUCAAUUCUUUGCUCUAAGGAGUGAAGUAUGAAGUUUUCAGCCAAGCCACAAAUUAGGUAAGUCCACCGUGAGAAAAUGGCUAUUACUCUGCCAUGGUUGCACCCAUGAAAUGGCAUGAAAUAUUACUAUUGAGA